GUACUUAGCUCGCCUUGGAUUGGUGAAGAAAGCGAUGCCGAAUGACAAAGGGAGUAGCUUAUACAGAGCUGUGUGUGAAUCGCUCAGCAUGGAUCAGAGGGAGCACGUUGCUCUGCAGCAAUUCGUCGAGGACCAUCUUCUCUUUCAGUACCACAUCCAACGAAUAGAAGAGGGACUGCCGCACGUGAACAAAAUUGAGGAUACCUUAGCGACCCUCGCUAAUCUUUUGAGUGUUGACCUACACGUGUAUCGUGGGAUCGGCGAGAAACCUGUUAUAUAUAGAGGGAGUUCUGAGGGGGAAUCUGCUGAAAAGGUGAUGCUGUGCGAAACAUCUCGCGGUCAUUUCGAUUUAGUCAUUACCAGAGAAGACCACACUAAUUUAGCUCUGGCCCAAAAUACGGUAGGAGUCGAUGUUCAAACUCCUAAGUCGGAUUAUCUGCAAGGACACAAUGGAGACUUUUCCUUCAGUGAUGGAGAGUCUGGGUUCUUGCUUGCGAUAACAUACAGAUAUCUGAAGCAGCCGUGUGCACCUACCUGGCGACCACCGAUUCCGUACUCAUCAGUGAAGGCUCUUGAUCCUUCCGUUUACCGUAACCUGGCUUACGACCUGUAUUUGAGGAAUAAGAAGCGAAGUGUUGAUCGCGGUGAGUUCGUAGCAUCUUUGAGCAAGAUGAAAGCUUGUGUACUAUCCGUCCCGGAUAAGAACUCACGACUGGUUUCUAUAAACGGUAUUGAGAGAAAAGUGAAUGUGUCGAAGUUGUUACCGUUGCCUGGUCGCAUGUCGCCAAAUCGAAGUCUUCCAUAUAACUCUCCAUUGAGCGAUACAGA